AUGCGGGUGCUCUGGUCGCUGCCCCGCAGGGUCCUGAGGUCCCGGCCUGUCCGGCUCGGGGGCAGGAUCCCGGGCAGGAGGAGGGCUCCGCACAGCCAGGCUCUGACUGCCCUGGCGCCCGGCCUCCAGAGGCCGCCGCCUUCCUGUCAGGCCCCACAUCACACCUGGAACAACCACAAGGAGCAGCUGCAGCGGCCAGGCCCCCCAGCAAGAGCCGAAAUGAAUUAUGUGACGGAUGAGAGCUACGUCGUAGUUCCUAACAUCAUCGGCAUCAUCUCCUCCAUCAAGUCCAACUCUUUUGCUCCAGGUUCUCCUCGAAGGCUCUGCCCCUCUGCCCUGACCUGGCUCUUUCUCUGGGACUGUGCUGAAGCUGCCCUGCUGCGCUGGAUCCAUCCUUAG